AUGGUCGAGGCAGAUUUAAAAACCAAAAUAACACAGUUGCAAAUGGCAACCGAGAAAAGUGAUGCAAUUCUUAAUGGAAACAAGAAACGAGCGAUUGCCAGACACGGGGAGAGCUUGAAAGAAACAAUAGCUGUGGUAAAUAAAUUGCGAUUAACAGUCGAAGCAGAGAACAUUUCCAAAGAAACAAGUGCCGAGGAGAUCAAAGAGUGGAAUAAAACCGUAGAGAAUACGAUAGAAAAAGCCGACGGUAUGGUUGAAAUUUUAGAGCAAUGAUUAGACGAACAAGAUGCGAGAAAGGAGAAAAUACAACUCGAGGAAAAAACAGAAAGAGGGGAAAUAGAACGGGAAAAACAACUACAAUUAUGAGCUAAAAUUACACGAAGAUAAGGUGAAAUUACAGUCUGAAAUUACACCGGAAGUAAGUGUGCAUACAAGCGGAAGUAGGUGAGGCGUUGAAGCGAAAUUGCCAAAAUUUCACAUAACAAAAUUUAACGGUACUUAUGCAGAUUGGCCAAGAUUUUGGAACCUGUUUUCAAAAACUAUUGACAAAUCAGGCAUUUCUCCUAUAAACAAAUUCGCCUAUUUACAAGAACUGUUAUGUGAUAAAGCAAAAAGGUCAAUUGAAGCCCUACCCCGUACUGCUGAAGGAUACAACCGAGCAAUUUCCAUCCUCAAAGAUCGGUUCGGAAAGAAAAGCGAAGUGGUGAAGACCUAUGUGAAAGAAAUAUUGGAUCUACCACAUAUUGCUACAGCCAACACUAGAAAAUAA